AUGUCUAAAACAAAAUGUGUUCUACCAAUAGUUGGUAUCAACUCAAUGAGGUCAGAUGCACAGAGAUUGCAACCAGUUGUAAUGUAUUCCAGGUUUGAAAGUUUCAACGUUUCACUAGACCUUCAUGUACUUCCUUCAAUCGCCAAUGAUAUGCCAUCUCGAUUAAUACGUUUAGAUCAGUCAAAGAUUCCGUACAUUGUUAAUGAACAAUUGGCAGAUCCAAGCUAUGAUACACCAGGCAAGAUAGAUAUACUACUUGGCGCAGAAAUGUUUUACACACUUUUCAGUGGAGAAAAAGUUGCCAUUACAAAUAGUUUAGUGUUUCACAAAACCACACUUGGAUGGGUUCUUACUGGAAGGGUAUUAAAUAGCGAAGUUAUACAGUCUAGGUUUUCUGCUUGUACUUGUGCUAAUGAUGCAACCAUAAACUCAGCGCUUUCACUAUUUAUCAGUAAAUCAAGUGUUCGUAAAGAUGAAGAAGAUGAAGCUGAACAGCAUUUUAAGAAGACACAUUACAGAGAUGAUUCAGGACGAUUAGUUGUUAGCCUCUCGUUAAAUACCAAGCUCAGUUCGCUUGGUGAAUCUAAACACAUGACGCAACAACGAUUCUUUAACUUGGAAAAACGGUUAUCUAAAGACAGAGAACUAUGCAUAGCCUACCACAAGUUUAUGUCAGAGUACUUAAACAUGAACCACAUGAAACUGGUAACUAAUGAUGAUUCAAAUAGUCAAACAUAUUAUUUGCCUCACCAUGCUGUCAUCAAAGAAGACAGCAUCACCACAAAAUUAAGAGUUGUGUUCGAUGGAUCAGCUCCAUCAAGUUCCGGGCUAUCCCUUAAUGAUGUCAUGUUAAAGGGACCUAUAGUGCAAUCUUCCUUUUUCUCAAUACUGUUACGAUUCAGAGUACAUAAGAUAGCAUUAACCGCAGACGUUGAGAAGAUGUACCGUCAAAUACUAGUAACUCCAAAAGACUGUCAACUACAACGAAUUUGGUAUCGUCCAAGUCCCUCUGAACUGUUAAGGGAAUAUAACCUUCGCACAAUCACGUACGGUACAAAAUCAGCUCCCUAUUUAGCGACCCGUAGCCUGGUGGAAGUAGCUUUUUCAGCUCCAAGUGAAGCUGCUCAAAGAGCUAUAAAAGAUGAUUUCUAUGUAGACGACCUACUUACUGGUGCUGAAUCUUCAGACAAAUGUUUCCAGCUAUACAAAGAUGUUUCAGACACGUUGGCGUCUCGUUGUCUACCGUUAAGAAAAUGGUGUACAAGUUCUUCCGAAGUCCUGAGUAAAUUACCAAAUUCUGGGACCAAUCCUAAUCAUGUUUUACAAUUUAGUGAACAGGAUGCUGUCAGCACGUUAGGUAUAAUGUGGCAACCCGUAACAGAUUGUUUUUGCUUUACAUUAAAGCCAUGGAAUCCACCCAAAAAAAUGACUAAGCGCACAUUGCUUUCUGACAUUAAUAGGAUUUACGAUCCACUUGGUUUCCUAACACCAGUUCUUAUAACUGGAAAGAUCUUUGUUCAACAGUAA